AUGGAUGUGUUUGGUGGAGCGCCACGGUUUCUGGCCUACCCUCGUCCUGUGGUUGUACAGAGUGGCACAGAUGCAGUUAUGAAAUGCCAGAUCAGUGGGGAUCCCAGACCGGCAGUUAUAUGGGAGAGAAACAAUGAGAAGAUCCAUCAAGAGGGCAGGUACCGGGUGUUUGAGGAUGGCAACGUCUACAACCUUAUCAUAACUUCAGUCACAAUGGAAGACAGUGGGCAAUACAUCUGCAAGGCCAAGAACUGCAUUGGAGAGACUUACGCAGCAGCAACCUUGAAAGUAGAAGGCGAAGCACAAGAGAUGGAAUUGAGAGAGGAAAACAAGCCACGCUUCCUCAUCAAACCCCUCUCAACCAGGGUUGGACGAGGAGAGGAUGCCAUGUUCUCCUGUAAACUUUGGGGCAACCCUCGACCAGAGGUGAUGUGGGAGAAGGACGGCAAGAAGUUGAACGAGAUCUUUGAGAGCACACAUUUCAGUGUUAGCUAUCAGGAUGGAGGGUGGUUCCAGCUAAAGAUUUUCAAGACACGAGCACCAGAUGGAGGAGUGUACAUGUGUAAGGCCCGGAACGAGUUUGGAGAGAGUCUGGCAGGGGCUGUGCUGUUGGUGGAUGCCGGACCGGGUCACGAAGAUGAAGGGAAUCGUAACGGUUACACAAAUGGCCACCGGAAGGCUCAUCAAGGAAAACAGAGAAGUGGGAGGCAAGUUGCAACAAGGUUGAAAGAUGACCCACUGCCAAACUCAGCCAAAGUGAAAAUGUUUGCAGUGACAGAGGGGAAACAUGCAAAAUUUCGUUGCUACGUAACAGGGAAGCCCAAACCAGAAAUAUUAUGGCGGAAAGAUGGUAGGCUAAUCUUGUCUGGGAGACGGUAUCUGCUGUAUGAAGACAGAGAGGGAUACUUCACACUUAAAGUUCUCUACUGCAAACAACAGGACAAUGGAGUUUAUGUCUGUUCUGCUUCUAACACUGCAGGGCAAACCCUAAGUGCUGUACACCUUAUUGUCAAAGAACCACCUGUGCGGUUUAAGCAACCACUGAAUGACCUACAAGUCUGGGAGAGAGACUUGGCCAUUCUUGAGUGUGAAGUUCCUGAAGACUCUGUUCCAAUCACAUGGUACUUAGAAGACAGACGGCUACAGCCAGGAGCCAAAUACGGAAUGGAAGAGUGGGGGACAAAGCGUCGACUCACAAUUCGUGAUAUUGGAGUUGAUGAUGAUGGGAUAUAUCUCUGCGAGAUGGCUGAUGGGGGCAGAAGCAUUGCUGAGGUAGCCGUUAAAGGCACCAUUGUAAGAAAGAUGCCAAGAAAAGUUGAUGUCCUGGAGGGGGAAAAUGCAGCAUUCUGCGUGGAGGUGGAGGAAGAGGAAAUGGACAUUCACUGGUACAAAGAUGGAACGGAGCUAAGGGAGACCCAUCAGACAAUACUCAAAUCUUUUGGAAGGACACACAUUUUGGUCUUUGUCAACACGACACCACAAGACUCUGGUCUGGUCACUUUCUAUGUGGGUAGAUCAAAGACAUCCUCUCAGUUACGAGUGAAAGGGGCAAGGCAUUGUCCACCAAGCUGUCCUAUUGGAGUACAGAUUAACACAGAACGAGCGAAUGCAGCUCUCCUUUCCUGGUUUCCAGCACAAGACUCCCGAAAGAAUACAUCAUCUGGAUAUAUAAUUGAGAGACAAGAGGUCAGCUCACAGGAGUGGCUGCAAUGUUUGACUACUGACUCUGCAACCUCAGUGGAAAUUCUCGGCGACAGUGUUCCAUGUGAGGCAGACUACAGAUUUCGGAUAUGCAGCGUCAACAAAUAUGGAAGGAGUGGAAAUGUAGAGUUUCCUCGAGCAGUUCACCUUGUUCCAGUAGCCAGAAUUCAAGCACCUCUACAAGAUGCUUUAGUGCCAGAGGGCCAAGAUGCCUGCUUUUCCAUAGAGCUCUCUGCCUCAGUUAUAGGCACUUGGUUUCUUAAUGGAAACCAGCUUCAAGAUGAUGAACGUUUCUCCAUAAGGCGUUCACGUACACACCAGUCCCUACGCAUUCGUGGAGUACGAGAUACAGACAAUGGAGCAGAGAUUACCUUCAUUGCCUAUGGAAUACGAGAUUCUGCUGCUCUGUAUAUACAAGCUCCACUGGUAAAAUUCACUCCACUUUCUGAAAUGGAUCGAAACAAAUUUGUGGAAGUUGGCAACCCUAUAGUGCUCUACUGUGAGCUGUCAGACCCUGAGGCCCCAGUCCGUUGGUAUAAAAAUGGUGUUGAACUGCAUUCAAUGGAAGGUCUGCACAUUCAAUCGGAAGGAACAAUGAGGAGGAUUGUCAUCCAAUCAGCGGAUUUCUCCCACUCAGGAGUUUAUAGCUGUGAUGCGAUUGAUGAUGUCAUCAGGUUUAAUGUGGAGGUUGAGGCACCUCCUGUAACAUUUGCCUAUAUCCCAGAGGAUGAUCUGCACAGAAAUAUUGUGGAACAAGACAAUCUUCUCCUUUGUUGUGAGAUAUCCAGGUCAGAUGCAACUGCACAAUGGUAUAAGGAUGGAGUAGAAAUAAAGUCUGGUGACAAUGUCCUUAUAGAAGCAGAAAACACCAUACGAAGGCUAAUCAUCCUGUCAGCUCAGCUCUCAGAUUCUGGGACAUAUACCUGUCGUGCUGGAGAUAAUGCCUUAAUAUUUAAAGUUAAUGUAAGAGAACCUCCAGUAAUGAUUGUAUAUCCCAAGGAGGAUGUCCACCUUGAUCGUCAUGUUCCUGAAGAAAUUGUCCUUAGCUGUGAACUUUCACGGCCAAAUGGAAAGGUAACGUGGUACAAGGAUGGACAGAAACUUCAGGAGAGUGAAAACAUAAAGCUAAAGAUGGAGGGUCCGUAUAGACGGCUAAAAAUUCUGCACAGUGGUGUUGAGGACUCUGGAGAAUAUGUCUGUGACACAGCUGAUGAUUCAAUAUUCUUCAAUCUUAACAUAAAAGAACCGCCGGUGCGCAUAGUUUCUCCAAGCCAGUCCCAAAUGGAACUUUGUCAGCAGACAUCAGAGAGGAUGGUGUUGAGCUGUGAAAUCUCCAGACCAAAUGCCAAUGUGCGUUGGUAUCGAGAUGGACUUGAAGUGGAGGAAAAUGAUAGCCUAAUCCUUGAGGUUGAUGGUGUCUACAGGAGACUUAUUAUCCCAAAACCUACGGUUAAAGACUCUGCAGAAUAUGUUUGUGACACCGCUGAUGACUCGGUGACCUUCUUCGUAAAUAUUGCAGAGCCACCAGUUAGAUUUAUUCGGCCCAGGAAAAUGGCCUAUGGAGUAGAGAAACUAGUUGGAGACAUUGUGGUGCUUGAGUGUGAAGUGUGCCGAUCAAACGCUGAAGUUAGCUGGCAGAAGGAUGGAGAAGAGAUUGAGGAAAACAGCAACAUAUCUAUCACAGAGGAUGGCACAAGUCGACAGUUAACUAUUCAUUCAGCAGCUUUGGAGAAUGCAGGGCAAUACGUUUGUGAUGCCAGAGACGAUGUAAUGGAUUUCCUAGUGAAAAUCAAAGAUCCACCUCUAAGAAUUCUACGAAAGGCUGACUUAGAGACAAAACGGCAUUUUGUAGUAUCUGAUGCCAUUGUGUUAAAGUGUGAGAUCUCAAGAGCAAAUGGGGUGGUCAGCUGGCUUAAAGACAAUGAGAAGAUUGAGGGAAAGGAGCAUUUCAUCUGUGAAGAGGGCGGCACAUUCAGAUCUCUGAUUGUCCUGAGUGCUGAGAUGAAGGAUUCAGGGGAGUACAUUUGUGAUGCACAGGAUGAUAAGGUUGUCUUCAGUGUUACUGUAGAAGAGGCACCAGUGUCCAUUGUUGGGAAUUCAGAGAUGCCAGAACAACACACUUUAAUAGCAGGAGAUGACCUUAUCCUGGAGUGUGAGGUAUCUCAAGCAAAUGCUGUAGUUCAGUGGUACUACAAUGGAAGUGUUCUACAGGAGGAUGCACGCACAAGCAUUGAAAGCAGAGACACAGUGAGGAAGCUUGUGAUAUCAAGACUUCAAGCAUCUGACUCUGGAGAAUAUAUCUGUGAUGCUAUUGAUGACAAAAUGACAACUAUGGUAACAGUUCAAGUUCCUCGCAUUGUGGAGUUUGUUGCGGAGCUACACAACAUAACUGUCAUGGAAGGUGAAGAUGCCACAUUUAAGUGUGUGGUGUCUCCAGAGGAUGCAAAGUUGGCCUGGUUUAGGAAUGGCCAGCCAAUUUCAUCAAAUGAGAAGUUCAACAUCUCAAGUAAUGGAUUAUGCCAUGUGCUGCAUAUCAACAACUGCCAAGUCUCAGACAGCUGCAAGUUCACAGCCGAAGCUGAAGGUGUGCUUUCCAAAGCCAUACUUCAGGUCCAAGAGGCACAGGUGCUUUUUAAAAAGAGCAUGGAGCCGGUAAUGGCAGAAGAGUUUGGAGAGGCAACACUCGAGGUGGAAGUCAGUCUUGAAACUGGGGAGGUGCAGUGGAUGAGACAAGGAGUGGUUAUACAUCCAGGGCCCAAGUACACCUUGAAGCAGAACGGCAAAAAACACUCUCUCACAGUCCACCAGCUUGCCCUUUCCGACCGAGGCACCUACAGCUGUGAAACGCUCCACGACCGCACACAAGCCAAGCUUUGUGUGGAACCACGAAAAAUCAAGAUCCGGAAAGGUGUAUCUGAGAUCCAGACUUAUGAGCGAGAGACAGCUUCUUUUGAGGUGGAGCUGUCACACAGCAAUGUGGAAGCAUUGUGGCAAAAGGAUGGGCACUCUCUCAAAAACAACAACCACUUGCGUAUGACUGCAAAUGGACGGGUACACAGCCUUACCAUCUCCAACCUGACCUUAGAUGACACCGGCACCUACAUGUUUUCUGUUGAAAAUGUCAAAUCAUCCGCAAGAUUGAUUGUUAAAGAAAUACCAGUAUCAGUCCUGAAAAAGCUUGAGGAUGUCACCCAACCAGAGGGCUCUGGGGUAACACUUGAAUGUGAGCUGUCUCGACACAAUGUAGACAUAAAGUGGACAAAGAAUGGAGUUCAACUUAAGCCAGGAACAAAUCAACGUAUAUACUCUAUAGGAAGGAAGUGCUUUCUACAGAUCCUCAAGUGUGAGCUGGGAGAUUCUGGCUUGUAUGUGUGUGAUGCUGGGGAUGCCAAAACAUCCUGUUCAGUGGAGAUCUAUGAGAGGGAGCUUGAGAUUUUGCAAGGUUUGGAGGAUUUGGAUAUUCAAGAAGAUCAAAAUGCAGUGUUCAUGUGUGAAGUGUCCCUGGAUGAUGUUCCCGCAGAGUGGUUUAAGAAUGGCGAGAAGAUAAAACCAACCAGCAACAUUAAGAUCCGUCAGGAAGGGUCUAAGCACUUCCUUCUUAUAUGCAAUGUUAAAGGAGAGGACUCUGGAAAGAUCAAGUUUGUUGCCAAGAAUGCUGAGUCUACAGCUUACCUUGAGGUUGAAGCACUCCCAGCGAACAUUGCAAAGCCACUUCAGGAUAAAACAGCUCUGGAGAAAACCCGCGUUGUACUGGACUGCGCAGUGACUAGUCCCCGUUGCAGUAUCCGCUGGUAUAAAGGCCCUAAUGUUAUCCUGCCCUCAGAACGCUUUGAGAUCUGCAGUGAGGGGUGUUAUCGAAAACUUGUCAUUCAGCAGGUGAUGUUAGAUGACGAGGGCACCUAUAGUGUUCAAGUUGGAAACUACACAUCUUCAGCAAGACUUACUGUAGAAGCUCAGUCAAUCCUGAUUGUGAGAGAGCUGCAGGAUGUGGAUGUUACAGCUCCUGGGGAUGCAUGCUUUGCAUGUGAAGUCUCUUUACCUGUGGCCAAGGCUCCAACCUGGACCCUGAAUGGCGAGACACUGCAUCCUGGUCCUAAAGUCAAUAUAGAGAAAAUGGGAACCAUUCAUAGGCUUACUCUUAAAGAGACAUCUGAGGACAUGAGUGGCACUGUGUGCUUUAUCUCAGGAAAAGCCAAAAGCACUGCACAUCUGUGUGUUAGAAGUAACCAUUGAGAAACACAAGUUCAUACAAUGUUCAAUGCUGACCUACGCCACAAUUUCUAUACAAGACAGAUCAAAUGAAAUUAUGACACCAUCAAGUCUCUUUUUCUUGCAGUGUGUCUGAAUAUGCUGGUCUGGGGUUUUCUUUUUCUUUUGGAACUAUCAAAAGUAAACUAAUUCCCAUUCUACAAGUUUACCAUCCAAUAUAGAAACAUUUCUUCAAUUCUUAUGCAGUCUAAAUCUUUAAUCAGACAUAUUGGGAUUUGUAAAUUACAUGAAAUUUACAGCACCAACCCUGACACCUAGACAUGUAAUUCAUCCAUGUUGUUAUUUACAUUUCUUGCACAGUAGUUUGGUAUUUAAAUUUGAAAUUUGUGUACUAUAUCCUUGUAUAGAUAUCCUGUUUUUUAAUUAUUGUUUUGUGGGAUGCAGAUUAAAGUGAGUAGGUUAAGGCAUGUGAUAAAAUGUGCAGGGCCAAAGAUGAUCAAAAGAAGGUUUGGGACAGAAAGUAGUUUCAGCAUAUGUAACUUACAGUAUACAUCGAAGUCAUGAAUAAUGUAGGGAAAAUGUGUCAUUUACAAAUAAAUAGAAAUGCUUUUGGGAGAAAUGUAUUAGUUGUUUG